AUGUCGUCUUCGUUUCAUGAAAGUACCAACAGGACAUCACAAGAGGGUCCACCAUUUGGCGACACACAUGUCAUUCACCCAGUGGUCAAUGCUCAUAAUCAACAUCUGAUGCCGGAGAUCUCAGCCAAUAUUCAGAAAGGCUUCUUCCUUGUAGAUUGCAAGUGGACGUGCUAUCGGCGAAACUAUUUUGCAGUCGCAUGCUCCUUCAGUUUCAAGAGUUCGAUGACAGAAACACCAUACUAUCUGAACAGGCAUGGGCAGCGCGAGAUGAUCCACCAAUUUGGGGUUUCAAUUACGGCGAAGACGGCAUCGGCGCCCAAUUGUGAGAGCGAGGUGCGUUCUCUGGUUCAGCAUACGCCCAAGCGUGACAAGGCUACGGAGUCUGUGCCUGGGAGACACCCAAUCGCUCCAACGCCCCACGCAAACAUUGGUGGCAAUGGCGUCUUCCAUGGAUCAAACUCUCUGUAUCAAGCGGGACAGCAUAUGCCAGGUACCAUGAUGAGUGCGUACAUUGGAUACGAGAAUGGGACAGCGAACACUGUUCCAACCAACCAUACUUUUGAGAGGAUCCAAUUCCAAAAAGCAACCGCUAACAAUGGCAAACGUCGCGCACAACAGCAAUACUUUCUGGUGGUCGUAGAGCUAUCCGCCAGCAUCGGAAGAGGUCACGAAAAUGAACAUUGGGUUGUGAUCGCAACGAAAGAGUCCGAGCCAAUGGUGGUAAGGGGUCGCUCUCCAGGCCACUACAAAGACAAUAACCGGAGGGACAGCGAGUCAAGUAUGGACCCUGGCCAUGGCAGUGGCCAUGGGGCUGACGGAGGGCAUGGGUCUUUGUCUCUACCUCCUUAUGGCGGUCCGUCGAGCAUGGACUGGCAGUCGACACGUCAAGGUGGCUCGUAUGGUGGUUCGACUUAUCGACAAGCCACCAAACCCGAAUUUUCACCUGCAAGCACACUGGCAAGAACGCCUACAGAAGCGGAACUCAGCCUCUCCGACUCGCAGGCGGCCAAGUCGUCUUGCACAUUUUCAACUGAACAGUCCGUUCUGACGCCACUUUCAGAAGCGAGUGACGAAGUGUUAUUCAGCCUUGAUCAUCACAUGGUGAGCCGUAAGCGACCAUAUGAGGAUGACGAAGGUGAGGAGCAAUUACGAUACCAUCACAGUGCUCCAUUCAGCGACAGUGGGUCUACACUUGCCGAACUAUCAACCACACCAUGGGCCAAGAUUCUUUGUGCAUGA